AUGAUGGCGACGUGGGUCUGGGUGUUAGCCGCGGUCGCGGUAGCGUGCGCGGGCGCAGACCGCGGCGGGUCGUCGCUGCGCGGUGCGCUAGAGGCACUGCAACGGCGGCAGCGUGGUAGAACGCACGGGCCAUACGCGCCCCAGCCUGACUACGACGCCUUCUACGAAUUCGUUCCACCGCAGGCUUACCCAGAAAUUGACUAUCCUGUGGACGUAGAAGAUAUCGAUGAAGAAUCCAACCCAAAGUACAUAAUCAAGCUUUUAGAAGAUGAAGAAAGGUCUCCUGAAGCUUACGAAUAUAGAGUAAUAAAAAAGAAAAACUCUAGAUCUGUCGCUGAAAAGUCCAACAAUAAGAAAGAGUCGGCUUUUCGUGAAAGAAGCCAUCAUUCUGAUAAUGAACGCCUUCGAGAUCUCUUCAUAGCAAAAAAUGAAGCAGAAGAAAAUGAAAAAGGGCUGGAUGAUAGAGCCCAAAAUGAUGCUGAAUACGCUCUUCUCUUAGGGCAGCUUUGGUCAAAAUACAAAUACAACAAAGUGCACCCCAACAACGUAGAACAAUCACCACAAGGGGUAGUAAAAUUAUAUAAAGAAAAAGUUGUGAAAAAACGCUUCCCAGAUAAUUGGGGACCCAUUGCCUUUAAAAGAAAGCGUAGCUCAGAUUCAGAAAUGGAUCAUCCUAACACACCAGAAUAUGAAGGAAGGAAACAUGGAGAUAUUUUAAAUGACCCUAGCUUUAAUGCCUAUGAAGUUGCAGAUGACGAUAAAGAUGAUCUUCGGGAAGAAUACGCAAUAGCUUUUCAGCCACUCGAUGAUGACACCCUCACUGACCUAAGUGAUGAAGACCAAUAUGUAUAUGACACAGUAGAAAAAAGGUUUCCAGUUACCAAACGUAGCAGUGGACCUUAUAAUUAUGGCAUGCAAAAGAAAAGAUUUGCGUUAGAUCAAAACAAAUAUGAGAAAACUAAGACAUUUAGAAGCAGCUCUGGAACCGAUCCUAGAAUCGUUGAGGAUUUGUCUAAAAUAUUUGGUGGUGCUGAUACUGAUAUUAUUAAAAAUCCUGUCAAAAGAAGCAGUGAUCAUGAUGAAAGUUCGCACGAAAGUAAACCACCAAAAUUAGCGACGAUGCAUCAUAAUCAUACUCAUGAUCAUAGCAACUCUACCAAACAUGAUGAUGAAAGUCACGAGCAUCAUGAACACGGUAUAAUGCAUCAUCCUAGAAUUUCUGGUAAAGAAGAAGAAAUCGUACACCACCAUGAUCACAGUGAUAAUAGUGAGAGUCGUAAACCUAUCAAUAUAAAGAAAAAAUCCAUUGAUUGGUCUGACUAUUUCGGUAUUGACAAGCGUAACAAAAAUCAUCAUCAAGUGUCAUUUAUCAAUGAUCCAACUCAAAAGAAACUAGGAAGACAAUAUUUUGAAACCUUUAACAAAGAAGUAAUUUACCCUCUUAAUAGUUUUCGGCAGCAUAACAAUGUAAAACGAAAUUUUGUUCAGCCUAAGGCAACUGAAGAAAAUGAUAAAACUCGUGAUGUUUCUUCACUAACUAAUGACAAACGAGAUACUGCUUCAGAUAAUGAUGCAAAACUAGAUAACAUUGACAGAAAGCUUAAAACAAUGGAAGGUUUGAUUGUUGACGAGGCUCUGCAUUAUUCAGAAGUUGGCGAGGAACUGGAUUCCAAAGAAGAACAAGAAAUGAAAGAAAAGCUUUUAUCUCGACUGGCAGCUGCUUAUAGCUUAGAAAAAAUGAGGAAAGCUCUUAAAGAAUUUAAGCAGAGUCUUCAAACACAAAAGUCAGAAUCAACGCACCAGUCUUCUUCACCAAUGCCAACAGACGAGGCAAAGGCUAAACGAGUAGCUGUAAAAAAAGAAAAAGUGGAAAUUAAUGACAUUCCUAUUUUCAAUAAAGCGAUUCAGCAUAAUGAUGAUUUCGAGGACGAACAGGGAGCGGGACAUUAUUUGAACGGAAAAAUCGAAGAACAAUUCUCCGAAGGGUACAUGGGAGGCAGCGGCAGACAUCGUACUCCUGUUUUAUCGACAGGAAGCGCUACUGGUUCGUGUCCAGUAUUGGGGAAGAUCAUACAACGAUGCCAGGGUGUAGACUUACUUGCUGGAGAUCGCGGUCAGCUGUUCUUGCCUCUCUGUAGUUUGCAUCAGAUCUGUUAUCUUUGCGGCGAAGCUCCCCCAACGACUUGUGACCUAGUAUUCUUGUCGGAAGCUGACACUGCUUGCGAGGGUGACAUGGGUUGUCAACGUGCUGCAAGGUCUGCUCUAAUGGCUCUUCGAGAACUUCAUGACAGUCUAGCUGAUGAGCUCGAUGGAGAGUGUGAGGCCAGCCCAUGCCUACCUGCAACCCUGAAACUCAAUCUAGGCUGGCAGCGAGCGCUUCAGCGAUAA